AUGUGGUGUGGCGUGGUGGGGGAGUUUGAACUCAAUACGCUGCUGGGGGAAGAAACGCGUUUGCCACAAAUUCUGCUAUUUUUGAAUAAAAAAAUGCAUAAAAUGUUUGACAAAGACGCGUCAAGUAUUCAGAGUUCAGGACCGCAAAGCAUACAGGAAAUAGCGGUGAAGCUGGCAGAGGAGCAGCAACGUCUACGUCAGCUGGAAGCGAGCAGCGCGCCGAAGGAGCGCACCUUAUUUGUGCUGGGCAGUAAGGGUGUGGGCAAGUCUACAGCAAUCAAUAAGUUUUUUGAUCGAGAAGACCACGCCGCACGUCCUACACUGGCUCUGGAAUAUAGCUAUGGACGUCGCAUGGGCAGCGGUAAGAUGGGUUCCUCGCAAGUACUCAAUGUGUGGGAACUGGGCUCGUUGGACAAUUCUGAACAACUCCUGGAGGUGCCAAUGCGUUCGCAUGGGUUGCAGCAGUUGGCCGCAUUUAUAAUGCUCGAUUUGUCGCAGCCACAAUGUCUGUGGACAGAUCUGGAACGCGCUUAUAGAGGUUUGCGUGAGACCGCACAGACAAUGUUGGAGGAGGCCACACCACAGCAGCGCGAGACACUAGAGCAGCGUGCUCAGGAGCGUGUGAAGCGUGAGAGCGGAAAGGGGGACGAUUUGUAUACACUGGAGCUAUUGCCGUUCCCCGUUGUCAUUGUGGGUGGAAAAUAUGACAUCUUUAUGAACCUUGAACCGGCUCUUAAGAAGCAUAUCUGUUGCUGUUUGCGCUCCAUUUCACAUCUAAUUGGUGGCGCUGUGCUUUUCUACUCACAACAGCUGCCAAAAUUGGCCAAAGUGCUGCGUGAUACCAUCAGUCAUCUGGGAUUUGGUAGUCCAGCGAACCCGUUUCGCGCCCACGUUACCGACUAUAACGAUGCUUUGUCGAUUUGGUUUGGAACCGAUAAUUGGACGCGCAUUAGUGAGACAGGAGCAAUGAGUUUGGAGCGAAUUGAAGCACGGCUGGGCCAAAGCGUGCCACAACAGAAAGCACAGCAACAAAACCAGCUACAGGAUCCCGUUAAGGAUGCAGGUUUUAGUGAGUCGAUCAUUGAUGAGAUGCGUGCCCAAAAAAACGAGGAGCUAAAUGUCAUUAUGCGGGAUGUACAGCUCCGUGGAAAGUUCGAAAGUGUACAGAACUGAUCAAUUUCGUAACUUUAUCUAAGUAAUUAAAUCACAUUUUAAACAAAUUUUUGCCCUAUGAUUGUGCAAGUACAUAUCGUGCUUUAACGAUUUCAGAGCAGUUCAAAAUA